AUGAUAAUAAGUGAUGAGGAGCGGCUUAAAGCCAUUGAGGAGGAAAAAGCGGCCACCCAGCGAGCCGCAAAGGAGUCCGAGGAGCGGAAACAAAUGCUGAAGGAGAAGUUGUUACCUCAACCGGGAGCCGAAGCCUGUACCGGCGCAACCGAUCCAGAGUUAGAUGGACCGGAUCAGACUGCACACACUUUGUUCAGGGCUGAAACCCUCCGAGCUGAUGACAUGCAAGGUCCCCGACUUUGCAAUCGUUUCAUCUUGGCUUCCAAGUGUCACGCAAUCCGCGACGCGCAGAUCGCUGAAAAGGAGCUCAUUAAGAAGGAGAUGACUGAAGAAGAGAGAAGACUGGACGCGAUCAUGGAAGAGAACCGCCAAGCGGCUGUUAAGAGAGCUGAAGAGGAAGAGGAGCGGCGUCAUCAACUGCGCCUCCAAAACCUCGCCGCGUUAAAGGAGCAGAUACAAGCUCACGACACUGCUAAGAUAAUGGAAGCGGAGCGCAUUGAAGAAGAAAGCAUAAGAGUGAACCAGGCCAACAUCGCGAUGAGAAUUGACGAGACGCAGAAGUUGAAAGAGAAGCAGGAGAGACAGGCAAAGCUUAAAGAGAUGCUUGUCCAAGGUAACGCUGAACUGCUGUACUAUAAACAGCUGCAGAACGAAGAAGAGCGUAUAAUGAACCGUCGCAUCGCGAACUUCUUGAAGCAGAGGCAAGAGAGAGAAGCACGCGCGAGAGCGCAAGCGGAGGCUGUGAAGGCCGCCAAACAGAAGGGCAUCGAUCAUAUUGCUAAGGCCCAAAAGGCUGAACAAGAGCUGAAGGAGGAAUUAGAACGCAUUCGCAACCUGAAAAUACAGGAGGACGUGGAACGCGAAUACCGACGCAAAGAACGAGAGGCUGCCAUUAAAAGAAACAAGGAUAUGAAGCAACUGCACGAGGCCAGGGUCAACCAGAUCAAUGAUAUUCACCGGCUGAUAGCACGAGAAAUAGCCAAGGAUGAACAAAGCUUCAACAACGCGGCCAGACAAAAUGAAGAGUUCCUGCGUAAGGAGAAAGAGUUGGAAGAACAACGCAAGGCCCGCGUCGAGCGACACCGGCAGGAGAUCAUGAAGCAAAUCAACGAUAAAGAACGCGCCAGAGCGGAACUAAGAGAGAAGAUCCGUAACGAGGGCGUAGCGUUGCGAAUGGAGCAGGAGCAACAAGAAAAGUACGAGAGAAUGGUCAUCAAGCAAAAGGUGGAAGCCAUGAGACAGCAGAAGGUGGCAGAAAAAUACGUGAAAGAAGUAGAACAAACACUUGCCAAGCACGGAUAUUAA